AUGCAGCUCAUCUCUGUCUUCACUACCUUUGCCGCUUUCAAGGUCGCCGCCGCGCUUCCCUCGGCCGUCAAGGGCGCCAACGACCUCGUGACCCGCGACGGUUUAUUGGGUUCCAAGCUUUGCACCGACGUCAACUUCACUGGGAACUGCGAGACCAUUACCAACGUGGCCAAUGGCCUGAAGCCCAACCAAUGCAUUCUUGUCGACUCUUAUCUCGCACGCAAGGGGAUCUCCUCGAUUCAACCCCUGGAGAGGUCGUGGUGCACUUACUACCUGACCGCCAACUGCCAGGAUCUCAGCUUGGACAACUGCGGACACUACGACGCCACUUCCCCUAUUGACGAUUUGACGACGGUACCUCUACUUUCAUGUAAAACCAACAGCAUCCGCUUCAACAAUUCCAUCUCUAUCUUCAUCAUGCACUCUACAUCACUGACGCAAUCCGCUCAUCUCAUCGCCCUCACCUCCUCCAUAUCAGCAGCCAUCAUCUCCCAUGUUCCCGUCUUGUCCCGCGACACCACCUCCAACGAUACUUCCAUUGACGACUCAACCAACUCCUCCUCCUCCUCCUCCGAUAUGGCACUCACCCACCCCCUAAACUUCACCUCCCUCACCUCCACCUCUUUUACCUCCCUCGACGUCGCCCAACCCUCUUUCUGCCCCUACGACUCCCUCAACCAACCCCACCCUGUACUCUCUUACGACCUCUCCACCGCCCCCCUCGCCGCGGACUGCGCGCACAUUCUCGAUAUCAUCAACGACACCCAGCCCCGCGGAUACUGGACGUUUGAUAUGUCUGAUCUCGAAAAGGGGAUUACGCUGAUCCAGUACGGGAGUUGUGCGUUUGAGAUGAUCAAGGAUGGGGAGGUUAGCGAGGGUGGUGAUGGGAAGAAUAACAGCAGAAAGACAGAACAGGUCAAGUGGGGGGUGGAGGAGCUCAAGUUUUAUUUGGGGACGUGGUUGCAGAAGCAGAGGCAUGGGAGGCUGGGGGCUGUGGGAGAGGUGGAUUGUUGGGUGGAGGGGGAGCAGAAGAAGGAGGAAGGCGGGGUGAGGGUUAGGUGGAUGGUUGUGCGGCGGCAGCAGGAGAAGUAG